AUGGUGACCUCCAUGGGCCGACGUUCUUGUGUGCCAGGCAGCUUAAGGGGACUACCUCUGGGUCAUGCUGCUCCUGCCGAGGGAGUCUGGAUCUCCAUGGUCGAGGUGGGUAGUAGCGUCCAUGCUGCUGGGCUUGUCGGAAGAGCGUUGCCUGCUGCUGUGGCUUCUUGCGCUUUCUCGCUUUGUUAGCCGUGCGGGGGGGUGGUUGUGUAAUCAGAAAUCAGCAAAGGUCGCAUCCAGUCGCUCCAGCACAUAUUCAGCCGCACCUCCUCGUGUCUCCAUGGGCUGAUUCAGACCCGGCUGGUGGAGCAGAGACCCUGCUGGUGGAGCAGAGACCUGGCCGCCAUUUUAGGUGAGUCAGCCACAAUCAGGCAUCAUGGUAUGAUAGCUGUGUAGGGUCGACAGAGGUGCCAGCCAGUGGAGACUGGGAUAACCCCCACCGGUCCAGGGGGGGGUGGGGAGAAGAUAGCUUUGUUCACCGGGACCACAUAGUAAAUGAAGGAGCUCGGAGAGCGGCCAUCUCUCCGGAGCUCAGGCUUGUGUAGGCCGCUGGCCACUAUCAGGACGUACUGGUUCCAGACAGGCGCACGAGUAUCCUCCGGUGCACCGAAGACCCAUUGGCAAUAUGAGUGCUUAUUUUGGUCUGAUUGAUGGGUGGCCCGGGUGUAAAUCUUGAUUUAUUGGGGCCAGAUGCAGGAGCUCUUGCAGGGCACGUCUGGCUUCCUUGGCAGUCCAGCUCCGCCCCCUUGUUUUGUUUUUUUAACCAAACUUUAAUAAAUAAGAGAAAAAAAUAAGAAACAAAAAUAGAAAAUCAGAAAUCUAUAAAUGAAAAUAGAAGUAAAAAUUAAAAUAAUUAAAUAUAAAUUAUUUUUACUUCUAUUUUCAUUUAUAUUUAUUUCACACACACAUAUUAUAGUGUGUGUAUUUUUUUUAUUCUUUUUUUUGGGGGGGAGUGGAGAAUUGUUUUAAUAUUUACAUUUGAUAUUUUAAAAAAAGUGUGUGUGUGUGUGUGUGUGUAUGUGUAUAUAUAUAUUUAUUUAAUCUCAUAAUUAAUAAAAUAUGUAUCCGUAAAUCCGAAAUUGACAGACCUUUCGAUUCACAGCAUUAGAACCAAUCUAUGUUGAUAAAUCUGCUCUAGUUGACACUGAUUGGGAACCUCAUUCUAUGUUUGUGUGCAAGAACCUCCAGCUCUUCCUUGCAUGGAAUUAAUGAGUUUCUUCCUUUUUUUUUUUUCAUAGGUCACCGUCCUUGUCCUGUUCGCCUUGGCUUUUCUAGCUUGCGUUGUGUUCCUGGUAGUCUAUAAGGUCUACAAGUAUGACCACGCCUGUCCUGAAGGAUUUGUUUUGAAGGUAAGAACAAAAAAAACCAAAAAACUAAACUUCAAAUGAAAAGUUCUAACACGUUAGUUCUGUUUGUUUUUUAUAGUGCAUACUUCAUACAAAAUGAACUCAAGGGAUUAAAGGGAAACUCCAGUGCCAGGAAAACAACCAGUUUUCCUGGCACUGCAGGUCCCCUCUCUCUCCCACUCCUCAAUCCCCGGUUUCUGAAGGGGUGAAAACCCCUUCAGUAACUUACCUGAGGCAGUGAUGAUUUUCCCUUUGGAUGAGCGUGAGUGAACAUAAAUGAGACCGCAGUCUUCAAGAAUGUGCCUUACCUGAAGGCCUAAGCUUGGCUUUUAUGUAUGUCUAAAAAUAAGAACAUUUAUGUUAGUAGCAGAUGUUGUUUACUUGAUAUUGUGUUUUAGGAAAUAUGGAGCUAAAUUCAAGAAAUAAAUUGUGUGGAAAUGCCACACAUGAACUGUACACACACCAAGUAUAUAAUCUGGAUUAUGGACAGAAUUUAUAUUCUACGAUGAAGAAAGGAGAGUUGUUUUGAAGGAUUAGCUAGUCUUCCUUCUGUACCAUUUAGAUAGAAAAAAAAAUAAGCUUAAUAAAGAGGAAAUAAGAUAAAAACAUAAAACUGUCGAUGGAAUGGCAGUGUCCUGCAGACUUAAAGGACCACUAUAGUGCCAGGAAAACGUACUCGUUUUUCCUGGCACUAUAGUGCCCUGAGGGUGACCCCACCCUCAGGGACCCCCUCCUCCCGCCAGGCUCUAGGGUGAGUAUUAUAUUAAACUUACCUCUUUCUCCAGCGCCGGGCGGGGAACUCUCCUCUCCUCUUCGGCUGCAUGCGCGGCAGGAUCUGCACGCACAUUCAGCCAGUCCAUAGGAAAGCAUUCACAAUGCUUUCCUAUGGACGCUGACGUCUUCUCACUGUGAAAAUCAAUGAGACAGCCACUAGAGGCUGGAUUAAACCUAUUAUAAACAUAGCAGUUUCUCUGAAACUGCUAUGUUUAUAAAAAAGAUUAACCCUAGCUGGACCUGGCACCCAGACCACUUCAUUAAGCUGAAGUGGUCUGGGUGCCUAGAGUGGUCCUUUAAACAAAACUUGCAUUUUCAGUUGAAUUUGGGAAAACCUCGUGAAGCAUUUAUUGUGUUGCGCUGUUCAGUUUAUUUUGCUUGAAUUGUUUAUUGCAAACCACUGUGUAAAUUUCUAUCAGCUUAUACCAACCUCGUCUGUGGAGAUAGCUGGCGUAGCCCCACUGCAGGACUCAGGAAGGGCGAGAACACUGCAAUGAAGGGAAUUGUGAUAAAGACAGGGCAGCUGAGGUCAUUGUAUUUAAAUUCUCCACAAUGUGCUGCUUACUUUAAAAAAAAUAUAUUUUUCCAGUUGGGAAAUGGUAGUUUCUUUUUUUUUUUUUCACUUAUGUUUUCACAAAAAAAGGGAGAUAGUACAAAAUACAUUAUAAAUUAGGCAUAAAUAUGCAUUUAAAAGAGGUAGUAGAAAACAUAUCUAUUCAUUUUUUCUUUCCUAUUCUCUUUUUCCUUCCCCUUUCUUUCUUUAUUUUUUCUCCCUUCUUUUCUCCAUUCUUUUUUCUUCCAUCUUUCCUUCUUUUCAUUUUAAAACCAUUUCUUUUCUCCCUAUUUCCGGUUUUGUUCUUAACAAUCCAUGUUUUCUUGUUUCAGAAUUGUGCCUAAUUUAGUAUGUAUCUCUAAACAGCAAUACACAUAAAUAAGCACGCUUCGUUCUUUUCAAAUAGUUCUUAUUGAUAAAUUUUUAUAAAACAUAACAAUAUAAUUUUAAAGGAACACUAUAGUCACCUAAAUUACUUUAGCUAAAUAAAGCAGUUUUAGUGUAUAGAUCAUUCCCCUGCAAUUUCACUGCUCAAUUCACUGUCAUUUAGGAGUUAAAUCACUUUGUUUCUGUUUAUGCAGCCCUAGCCACACCUCCCCUGGCUAUGACUGACAGAGCCUGCAUGAAAAAAAAAAAAACUGGUUUCACUUUCAGACAGAUGUAAUUUACCUUAAAUAAUUGUAUCUCAAUCUCUAAAUUGAACUUGAAUCAAAUACAGGAGGCUCUUGCAGGGUCUAGCAAGCUAUUAACAUAGCAGGUGAUAAGAAAAUCUUAAUUAAACAGAACUUGCAAUAAAGAAAGCCUAAAUAGGGCUCUCUUUACAGGAAGUGUUUAUGGAAGGCUGUGCAAGUCACAUGCAGGGAGGUGUGACUAGGGUUCAUAAACAAAGGGAUUUAACUCCUAAAUGGCAGAGGAUUGAGCAGUGAGGCUGCAGGGGCAUGUUCUAUACACCAAAACUGCUUCAUUAAGCUAAAGUUGUUCAGGUGACUAUAGUGUCCCUUUAAGGGGUUAAUGAGCAGAUGUCUCAGGAAAUAUGGAAAGAUUAGUUGAUUUGGAAAGGCAAGCAUUAAGAAUCAAGGGGCAUGUGGCUAUUUAAGAAAAAAAAAAUAGAAAAGAAAAUAUAUAUGCCGCUAACUCCAAGAAAAUAUAUUAUACAAGUGGAAUAAUAAAUAAUGUAAUGAUGUACUCACGCAAUCCAGUUAACUUGGAUGGACACUAGCAGUGCCGAUUCCCGUGUUUCGCAAUCAAACCAUGUAUAGUACAAAAGCUGAAACCGCAUUCAUACAUUGAUACAAUAUGAGUGCGGUUUUAGCUUUUAUACUAUGCUUUCAAAAAAUGUAAAAAAAUAUUCUGCUGAAGAUUAUAGAUUGUUAUUCUUUAUUAUAGGAGCACAUUUAAAAUGUUUAAUAUUUAUUAGCUGAGGGCAUGAAAAACAGGAGUCUAUGAAAAAAGCAAAACACUGAAUUGUAGUGACUUGAAAACUAAAUUGCAAGAUUUAAAUUAAAAUGGUCACGGUUUUCAAUUCACUACCGGUUGAUGGUUAUUGAAUAAAGUCUAAAAAGUUUUAGACGAUGAGCCUUAUAUGUUCUGUUCAUGGUCAUGUGUACCUGGAAACUGAUCCUCUUUUAGAUAUUCUAUCAGUGAAAUGAAAUGUGUUUUUAAAUAUUACUUUAAAAACUAAUUGAAUUUUUAAGGAGCAAAUUAACUCUUUUUGAAAAAUUAUUUUGACAGACGGUAGCAGCAGUCAAAUGUUAUUAUGGGUUGAAGACAAUAGUCUCCAAUUUCCAUAGGGUCUCAGAUUGCAUAUGCAGGACUGACAGAGUAUUAGGGUGUCAAAGUGAAUGAGCAGAUUAUUAGCAUUUGAAUUUUUAUUAUUGACAUUUAUAUAGCGCUUUACAAUAUUAUAAAGGGGGGAAUUUAAAGGGACACUAUAGUCACCAAAAAAUCUUUAGCUUAAUGAAGCAGUUUUGGUGUAUAGAACAUGCCCCUGCAGGCUCACUGCUCAAUCCUCUGCCAUUUAGGAGUUACAUCCCUUUGUUUAUGAACCCUAGUCACACCUCCCUGCAUGUGACUUGCACAGCCUUCCAUAAACACUUCCUGUAAAGAGAGAUAUAAUGUGUAAACUUACUUUAUUGCACAUUCUUUUUGAUUGAGAACUUCUUAUUGUUUUUCUGUUAAUAGCCUGCUAGAGCCUGCAGGAGCCUCCUGUGUUUGACUAAAGUAAAAUUUACAAUAUUGUAAAGUGCUGUGGAAUAUGUUGAUACUAUAUAAAUGCCAACAAUAACAAUACUUUACAGAGCAGGACAUAAAGACUUCUUAAGUAAGUUAACAACUUUUUUCCCGUGGAGACUUUGUGACUUACAGGGGAAAUGUGGCUAGGGCUGCAUAAACAGAAACAAAAGUGAGUUAACUCCUAAAUGACAGCGAAUUUAGCAGUGGGACAGCAGGGGCUGGAUCUAUAUACUAAAACUGUUGCAUUAAACUAUUUUUGAGGGGGGGACUUUUCCAGUGUAAUAUGCCUUAUUGGCUACAAUGGAGAAGGUCCUUCCUCUCAAUUUGCUGUCUAACCUGAAGUACCAGGUUCUACUUACCUUUAAUCCUGCAGCAUGCUAAGCAAAUGGCGCUGGUCUUCCGUGCCCCCUCUGGAAUCAUGGGGGCCGCGCACAAUUCUAUUUUAGGGUUCUCAUAGAGAAGCCUAUGAUUAACCAUUUAGUCAGCUCAGAGCGCAUGUGCACACUCCGGGCCAGCUAAGGGGAGGGAAGGGAGUGGAGAGGAGCUAGUUUUAAAAAACAAAACAAAAAAAAACAAAGUAAAGAUUUGUCGGCAGUGUGCAGUGCGUGCUGACGACAGACAUAUUUUAUGCAAGUAGUAUUUGCUGCCAAUAUCAUGUUUGCUGAAACACUGUACAUACUGACUCCAACCACUAUGACCACUUCAAAUCACUGAAGUGGUUAUGGUGGUUGGAUUAACCCUUUAAACUGAACUUGUUUUGAUGCCUAGUAUCCCUUUAACAAUGAGACAAUUACUGUUACAGGAACAAUAGGUUAAUGAGGACCCUGCUCGGAGUUCCUACAAUCUCUAGGUAUCAAGAUGAAUGAAUAUAUUAAAAAAGUGUCAAGGUGAAUGGACAGAUUGUUAGGGUCUGAAGAUAAUUGUGAAAAUUAUUUAGGUAUGAAUGCGAAUAAUGUAACAAGUUCCUAACAUCCUAUCAUGUUGUUACAGCUAUUUACAGCGAUGUUAAAACAAUUAUUACUUGUGGGUUUAUAUAGAUGAAUCACAUGGCUACCUGGAGUGUCAGUUUCUUCUGUCCCAGGUACUACAACUAUUUAUUUAAAGGAAGUUAUUGUUUGCCUAGAGCAAUAAUUUGGCUCUCCAGAUGUUUUGGACUACACCUCCCAUGAUGCUUUGCCAGCAAUAUGGGUGUAAGAGCAUUAUGCGGAAUGUAGUCCACAACAUCUGGAGCGCCAAAGGUUGCCUAUCCCUGGCCUAGAGCAAUGAGAAGUCUUGGACCUUUCCAGAAUUAACCCCAUCCAUUUACUGAUGUGGUAACAUACAUGUACUUGUACGUUGAUUCUGUAUGCAUCAGAUCCAUGAACACGCUCAGAAUGUGUCUCUUACAUCCACUGUUCCUGUCUUUACUAAUUACUCAUUCAGUAACAGCCUGCAUGUAAUCUAUGGGCAUUAGUCCUCAUUACAUUGGUGUCAUGUCCAUUAUCACAUUUUGAUUUUUAUUUUUUCCUUGCAUUGGGGAAUCUGCACAUCAUCUAUUAAUAAAUAAGAAAGAAAUGCAUGGUAUUGUAUGUUUUUACAAAUCAGCUGUGAUUAGAAAAUACAUUUCACACACAAUGGUUCUCGUCUAAAAUUUUGCCCAAUUGUUUUGCAAUACACCACAUUUCACUGUUAAACUCUUUAAAGGUAGGGUUACCAUGGUACCCCAAUACUAAUAAGCUCUUCUUUUUCUAGGUAAAUCCUAGAGGUCGCUACUAA